AUUCCACAGAACGUUUAUGUGUAAAUAUUUAUAUAUAAUAUUAAUAUUAGAAGCGGUAUGGAUUCUACCGAGUUUAUUUUAAAGUCCAUUCGAAACGACAUGGUAGAGAAUCAACUUCACCUAAAAGCGAUAAUUCAGGAUAUUAAUUUCUGCUCCGGAUCCCUUUCUGAACUCAACAAUUUAAAUAGUUUGGGUCGGUCAAAAAUAUCAGCCCUUCGAAAAUUGAUCGAUCGAUUCGGGGACGUCGCUAAAGACAACAACGAUCACAAUUUGUUAAAAGAAGUCGUGUUGGCAAGAGAGCAGCUGGCAAGCACUAUGGAUGCUUUCAAAAAGGCGAAUCUUAAAUCCAUGUUGGCGAUAGAGAAGGGAGCCAAGGAGGAACUGUUGAAAUCCACAAAUGAAGAGACCGGCUUAAAAUAUCGCCAAAAGAGAGACAAAGAGAGUAUGGUGAAAAUGAGCGCCAAUGUCACGGACCAGCUUCUAUCUAUUAGUAGGCAAUUAGCGGAAACUACCAAACAGAGCGCUCAUACGUUAGACACUUUGCUGACGUCAUCAGAUACUGUUCUAGGUACACAGGACGAGUUAAGAAUGACGUCGGGUGCGAUCGGUCGAUCCGGCAAACUUUUGAACAAAUAUGGCAGACGUGAACUGACCGAUAAAGUAUUAGUGUUUUUUGCGUUUUCUUUUUUUGCCGCGUGCGUAGUGUAUAUCGUCCAGAAAAGGUUAUUUUAAGACGUAAUUUUCUAUUUCUACCAUUUAUUGUUAUAAUAAUAAUAAUAAAAGAAACUACUGAGGGCCUGCUCGAGAUGUAUUAUUUUAUAUGCCUGUUAUUUCACUUACCUUUUUAAACGCUGCCCAUAACCUCAAAUAUGGAUCAUAUAGUUGCGCCCUACUACAGUAAAAAUUGAUGCACGGGUUGAUAUUUUCGUAGAGGAGGCAAUUUACAGUACAUUUCACCUAUUAAGCUGUACUUUACUUCAUUUUUUUUUAAAUAGCCAUUUCCACAGACUUAACUCGUUUUCUCUGAACAUUUAACGAGAUCUAUGCAUAUUUUGUGAAAAUACUGACGAUCUGACAGUGGCCAUGUUGUAUUGUAAAUCUCGCGCAUGCGUAUGUUGAAUGGACCUUCUCAAAAUUUAUUUACAUUAAUUAUAAGCAUAGCCAGGGCCUUUAUAUAUGUCUGGUAGUUAUAUGGUUUCAACACAGGUAUGGAAACCAAUUUUGAUUUUCAAACGAAGCAAUUUUCCGUAAUUACGAGUGGUCGAAUCAAAGUAUACGCACAUCUGUCCUUGUGUAAUGUGCAAUUCACAAAUUGCAUGAUUCGAUUGGUUGGUUAGUUUUGGUUAGUUGAGGGGCAAUAGACAGUGGUCUUUUUCAAAAGCGAAAGUAGAGAUUGUGGUAGAGGCUUAAAUAUUUCGCAUAACGCAUUUGUUGUUAUAUCUUGUUACUAGAAUUACAAAAACCAAUAUUUAUAAUUUACUUCAUCAUAUAAAAUAGGUCUAAGUUGAAAAAGAAUUAGGAAAAGGAUUUCCUAUAAAUUAUUAUAUUUAUUGAAGAAUUAUAGGAUAUAUGUAGUUGCUUAAAAUUACUUUUUAAAUCUGCCUUUAUUUCUACAACUUCCUUGUCAGUUUUCCUUUUUUCCUGUGUCAAAAAAACGUUUUUUUAAAGCUUAUAGUUGUUUUAUUAGAUUGAAUUGGAAUAAAAGAAUAUAUAGAGAUGCUAGGUAAAUGGUGUAAGUUAUCAGUCAAACGACUUUGGUCAUUUGACUGAGGUUAUUUUUAUCGAUAUUUUGCAACUUAUUAUAAUUAUGCAUUAUUUGUUUCGGUUCUGCCAAUUUAUUUUUCUACUCCCUUUCGUA